AUGAGAAGUGCGCGGGAGUAUUUGUCGGCGGAGGAGGAGACCCUCCGGUGGGCGGCGCUGCAAAAGCUUCCGACCUACGACCGUCUGAGAAAAACUGUCCUUAAAUCGUUAUCCGACGAUGAUGACGUCAUUUGUGUCGUCGACGUGAGGAAGCUCGGCACGACCCGCCGGCGGGAGUUCAUCGACCGGUUCUUUAAGGUCGCCGACGAAGAUAACGAUAAAUUCCUCUCGAAGCUCAAGAACCGUAUCGAUCGAGUUGGAAUAAACCUGCCUCAAGUAGAGGUUAGAUUCGAGCAUUUGAACGUAGAGGCGGACUCGUUUGUGGACAAGGGAAGGGCUCUUCCGACUCUGCCUAAUGCCGUUUGCGACCUUGCGGAAAAGCUAUUGAGUUGUCUCGGUUUAAAAGGAGUAGCUCGGAAAACCCGAGUCACGAUACUAAAAGACGUGUCGGGCAUUGUGAAGCCCUCUCGGAUGACCCUUCUACUUGGACCACCAUCUUCAGGGAAGACGACACUUAUGUUGGCUCUCUCGGGAAGACUAGACAAUACUCUAAAGAGAAUGAGAAAAAUCACAUACAAUGGACAUAUGCUAGAUGAAUUUGUGCCGCAGAGAACAUCUGCGUAUGUGAGCCAAAACGAUGUUCAUGUGGGAGAAAUGACUGUUCAAGAGACUCUCGAUUUCUCGGCAAGAUGCCAAGGCGUUGGAUGGCGUUACGAUCUCUUGACCGAGCUUGCAAGAAGGGAACGAGAAGCAGACAUUUUGCCAGAGGCCGAAGUUGAUCUUUUCAUGAAGGUAACGGAAAAACAAACCAAAUCAUCAAUAAUGUAUUUCUUCGUUGUGCAGAUAUUAGGACUUGACGGCUGUAGAGAUACUGUCGUUGGAGAUGAGAUGUCAAGAGGUAUAUCGGGAGGCGAAAAGAAGCGUGUUACCACAGGUGAGAUGAUGGUUGGACCAAAAUCGACACUCUUCAUGGACGAGAUAUCGACCGGGCUCGACAGCUCCACGACAUUUCAGAUCGUCAAGUGUUUGCAGCAAAUCGCACAUUUAACUGAGACCACUAUUUUCAUGUCCCUUCUCCAACCAUCUCCCGAGACGUUCAGUCUUUUUGACGAUGUUGUUCUCUUGUCCGAAGGACAAAUUGUCUAUCAAGGACCAAAAGAGCACAUCGUUGAAUUCUUCGAGAGCUGUGGUUUCAAAUGCCCCGAAAGAAAAGGAGUUGCCGAUUUCUUACAGGAGGUGACAUCAAGAAAAGAUCAGGAGCAAUACUGGGCCGACAAGAGCAAACCGUACGACUACAUUUCGGUAGCCGAGUUUGCGACCCGGUUCAAAGUUUUCCACGUCGGCCAACGUCUCGAAAACGAGCUAUCCAUCCCUUACGACAAGUCAGCAAGCCACUCGGCGGCUCUCGUGUUCGAAAAAAACUCUCUCCCCAAAUGGGACCUUUUCAAGGCCAACCUUGACAAGGAAUGGCUUUUGAUCAGACGAAACUCUUUCGUCUACAUUUUCAAGACUGUCCAAAUAUUCGUAGUUGCUUUAGUUGCGGCAACUUUGUUCUUGAGGACCCGUAUGCACGCUGGAAACGAGCAGGACAGUGCUUUAUACGUAGGCGCGCUUUUAUUCAGCAUGACGUGCAAUACCUUUAACGGCAUUCUAGAGCUUUCGCUCACGAUGAAAAGGCUUCCUGUUUUUUACAAACAUCGAGACCUUCUUUUCCACUCGGCAUGGGCUUUCACUCUUCCGAGUUUUCUGCUGCGGGUACCGAUAUCUGUGAUUGAGGCGACUGUUUGGACUGUCACGACUUAUUACACAAUCGGUUUCGCUCCUGAACCGAGUAGGUUCUUUAAGCAACUCGUGCUGAUAUUCGCUAUCCAGCAAAUGGCCGCAGGGAUGUUCAAGCUGAUAGCAGGGGUUUGCAGAACGAUGGUGGUGGCUGAUGUCGGUGGCACUCUUGUUCUUCUUAUGGUUAUACUUUUAGGCGGUUUCAUACUUCCGAGAGGCAAUUUUCGAAAUGCAGACCAGAUCCCGGAUUGGUUGGGUUGGAGUUACUGGGUUUUCCCCUUGAGCUAUGCCUACAACGCGUUAGUAGUAAACGAAAUGUUUGCUCCGAGGUGGAUGAACAAAUUGGCUUCGGACAAUACCACAAGAUUAGGCACAGCCACACUAAACCACUUCAACAUUCCACCCGACGAGAACUGGUAUUGGAUUGGUCUCGGUGCUCUUAUUGGCUUUACUGUACUCUUCCACGUUCUUUUCACAAUCUCCCUUAUGUAUCUAAAUCCUUUUGUGAGCAAACAUGCCACAAUAAUAUCUAAGGAGGUAGCGUCAGGAGAGACGGUAGCUGAUCUUGAUGGUGCAACAAACGAUGCACAAAGUUCAACAAAGUCGAAGAAAGGGAUGGUUUUACCAUUCACCCCUCUCGUCAUGUCCUUCGACAGCGUGAACUACUUCGUGGAUAUGCCAUCUGAACAUGAAGUAAAAGAGGACAAACUGCAGCUACUCAUUGAGGUGACCGGUGCAUUUAGGCCGGGAGUUUUGACAGCAUUAAUGGGGGUGAGUGGGGCCGGGAAAACCACGCUCAUGGAUGUUCUUGCGGGACGAAAAACGGGAGGUUAUGUACAAGGCGAUAUUCGGAUAUCCGGAUUCCCCAAGAAUCAAGAAACUUUCGCAAGAAUCUCGGGAUAUUGCGAACAAACUGAUAUCCACUCGCCUCAAGUGACUGUCCACGAGUCGUUGAUUUUCUCCGCCUUCCUCCGCCUCCCUAAAGAAGUAACCCGAGAGCAAAAAAUGGCUUUCGUUGAUGAAGUGAUGGACUUAGUCGAGCUAGAUGAUCUGAAGGAUUCCAUUGUUGGGAUCCCGGGAGAAAGUGGAUUGUCGACCGAGCAGAGAAAACGACUGACGAUAGCCGUUGAACUCGUUGCGAACCCUUCGAUUAUAUUCAUGGACGAGCCGACUUCUGGCCUCGAUGCACGUGCAGCAGCUAUUGUAAUGAGAACUGUUCGAAACACAGUGGAUACUGGGAGAACCGUUGUCUGCACGAUCCAUCAACCGAGUAUAGAUAUUUUUGAAGCUUUCGACGAGUUGCUUCUAAUGAAACGAGGCGGGCAGGUGAUCUAUGCAGGACCAUUAGGCCGAGAGUCGAAGAAGGUUAUUGAAUACUUUGAGGCGAUUCCGGGAGUUCCUAUAAUAAAGGACAAGUGUAAUCCGGCGACAUGGAUGCUCGAUGUUAGCUCGGUUGCAACUGAAGCCAGGCUCGGAAUGGAUUUUGCCGAACACUACAAAUCAUCAGCCAUAUAUCAGCAAAACAAAGCAUCGGUGAAAGAACUGAGCAAGCCACCAACUCCAGAUUCGAAAGACUUGUCUUUCGACACACAAUACUCGCAGUCGACAUGGGGACAGUUCAAGUCCUGCCUUUGGAAGCAAUGGUGGACUUACUGGAGAAGCCCUGACUAUAAUCUUGUCAGGUACAUUUUCACAUUGGCAAGCGCCCUACUUCUCGGCACAAUCUUCUGGAAAGUCGGCGAAAACAGGAAUACAGAUACAGAUCUCUUGACCAUAAUCGGUGCAAUGUAUGCCACAAUUUUGCUCCUCGGAAUUACCAACGGCUCGACUGUCCAGCAAGUCGUCCUAGUCGAGCGAACCGUGUUUUACCGGGAAAAAGCUGCCGGAAUGUACUCGGCCCUGCCGUACGCCAUGGCCCACGUGGUCCUCGAAAUACCGUACGUGCUCUUCCAGACAACAUACUACACGUUGAUCGUGUACGCCAUGCUAGGCUUCGAGUGGACCGCGGCCAAGUACUUGUGGUUUUUCGCAGUGAAUUUCGUCACGUUCCUCUACUUCACGUACUACGGGAUGAUGGCCGUGUCCCUCACGCCCAACCAACAGCUGGCGGCGGUUUUCGCGGGCGCUUUCUACGCCCUUUUCAAUCUGUUCUCGGGCUUCUUCGUCCCAAGACCGAGCAUCCCUACGUGGUGGAGAUGGUACAGUUGGAUUUCACCGACCGCGUGGACCAUUUACGGGCUGAUAAUCGGACAGUAUGGAGAUGUCGAGGAUACGAUUAGUGUUGCAGGGGAAUCGACACGGCCGAUGAUCAAAACCUAUAUACAAGAGCACUUCGGAUAUGAUCCUGAAUUCGAAGGUCCUCUCAUUGCUAUAUUGAUCGGUUUCGCGCUUUGCUUCGCAUUCACGUAUGCUUAUUGUAUCAAGACGCUUAACUUCCAAAAGAGGUAA